UUAGACAGGCGUUGCCAUAUGAAAUAACCCUGCUCAGCCUUGGAAGCCAGUCAUAGCGAACCUUGACGUCCAAGCUAGAAGUCUCACAAUUGCUUCUAGCUUGCCUCUUUAUCUUUCCUUGUAACUUGUUACUUCAUCAAAGAAAGAAGCCUGGCAGAAGUGCUAGUUUUUUUUGGAUACGUGCAUAAACUUCCCUUCUCUACGUCUAUGAUAUUUGACCUUCUUACCAAUUACCUCACGCUUGAUCUUGUAUAUUAUAUAUCUUAAUUUAUUUUUGGACCGUCGCCAUCGCGCACUUGAGCUCAGUGGAUGCGCUCGACAUUUCUUUCAAGGCUAGGAUGAUAUACGAACAUCGAUACGUGGAUGAAUAAGACGGAAGAUCAAUUUUGAGCAGGAUAUUGCAUAGUCAAAACGAACGCGAAGAAAGCCCGAAAAUACAAAAUGCAUUCUUUGGUGGUGGAAUCUGUGAUUUGGUAUUCGUUUGUGGUAAUAAUUGUGGUCCUCAGAUAGUAUGUAUUAUCACAAAUUCGCAAUAGAAUGGAUUGUAUUGCAAUGUGAAGUUGAUACCAUCUCACGCGCGAGAAGGGUGGCGUUCCAUGAGAAUAAGACUAACAGCAAUUCCUACCAGCAUUUCAAGAUGGGUACAACUCGGGUCGAUCAAGAAUUAUCAGCUCCAAGAUUAUCUCAUGUUCGCUGUGUUUGUAUGUGAUGUCUAUUUCAAAUUAGCAUUCUCCUUUACCACGCACAUAACCGUUGGGCCUUGGUUUCAGCUUCCCUUAUCACCCACAUUUUCGGAAUCUGACAUAAACCAUAGCUCUUCUAUACCGCGCUGGUUGUAUCUACGAAUGUAGUGUACGAUUACGACACAAAUCUCAUACUGCCAUCUGAUAUUCCAACGGUGCGUUAUAAUCGGCCAAUUUUCCAAGCGGAUAACUGAUAGAAGUUCAAUAGCUUACUCCCGACUCUAUUGCGUCGCGUAUAAAAGGAAGCAAACUCGUGCUUGUGGUGGAACAGUCGAUGAUCAUGACCAUCUGGGGCGGCAAAGCUUGUUUGUUGUGCAUGUAUUUGAAGAUGAUGUAGGCGGCCCUUUGCAUUGUGCAAUAACAAUAUUGACCUGAGAAACAGGGAAGGUAUCAAACCUCACAAUCUAAUUGUGAAAUUAGUAGCCGUGUACGUGGGUACAAGCUUGGUGGUCAUGGAAAUUCUCUAUUUUGGGGUAUGGUGUCGGCCAUUCUCAAACUAUUGGGCAGUUCCUACUCCAAAUGGUUUGUUCAAAGAAUUUGUCCUUGGAAGAUAAUAGACUGACGAAAAUGACAGACCAAUGCUCAGCAGCAACUCAUCACCUAAUAGUCAAUGCGACGUUUAACAUCAGUUCAGAUCUCAUGAUGUUGUUUAUACCUAUGCCGCUAGUUCUCAAAGCACAACUCCCCACAUUGAAGUUCGUUAUUUGACCUGCCAGGUCUUUCCUGCAAUCGUUUGAGCAAUGUACUAAUUGUAAAACAGGAAAGUUCUUCUGAUAAGCGUUUUCUCCCUAGGCAUAUUCGCUAUCAGUUCCGCCGCAGCUAAUAAAUAUUAUUCCUUCGCAAAUCCCUUUGGAAUAAUGUGGACAUAUGUAAGUGAAGCUUAGCUUUUGGUCAGUUCUUGUAUAAUACUAACAUCAGUGAAUGAAGUGGUAUAUAAGAGAAGCAUCAACUGUGAUGAUCAUAACCAACAUUCCGAUGUGCUGGCCAUUAGCAAGAAAAUUAUUCGGUUUCAGAUCGUGGUCGGGAUCCAUGGAACGUACGAAAUCGAAAAACAAGAUGGCACCGAAAAAAUACUUAAGCACUAUUCUGACUGGCUCAAAAUUUGGAAACAAAAAGGACAAUUCAACGUAUAGAAGUGAAAGUAGAGAGGGGAUAUUUGAUGGAAAUGCAGGUGUCUUCGGAAGACCAAUAGGGUAAGUCCUUUCAAGUUCUACUCUCAGAUUAGAUGCCCACAGCCUCUAGUCUGAGAUGUAUUUGAAGAUAGACAACUGACUGUUAAUGAUAGGCUAGAAAUAUGGGAAAGCAGAGAAGUGAGUGUACGCAAUGAGGAAAAAAAUUCCAAACAAGAGCGUAUCAAUAAUACGACAACUGUCACCGUAUCAAGAUCGAUGGACAGUUUGAGUGAGCACUCGAAGAGCAAUAUGGGAUCAGAGAGUCGAGAAUACAUAGCCCAUGCAGUAUAACUGCAAUUGCUGUAUCAUGUUGUGCUAAUAAGAUAAAAUAAGAAUUUCGACGAACAUGGUUCUGAUAGAUGUAAAAUCAUAUAUUUCCGUCUCGUUCGCAUGCAUUACUUGAAACUUGUGUUGUGUGGUGGUG